AUGGCCACUCUUGUUGAACCUCCACCACCUAGACAAUGCGGACGACGGUCACUACAUGCUAGUCGACGGUCAACACGAAUGCAUCUCGAUGAAUCAUUACAAAAUCCGGAAUCAGAAUCACCAACUACUGUGAAUGAUAAUAAUCGUCGUAAAUCUCGUUUAUUUAACACAAGUUUUAAUAUCGAUAUUGAUGAACCACAAAAAUCUUCAUCGGAAUUAGUAGCAUUGUAUCAAAAAACAUCUGAAUUAAAUGCACAAGGAAAAAUAACAGCAAAAAAUGCAUUUGAAUUUCGUUUUAUUGAAUAUCUUCCACAAAUAUUGAACAAUAUAGCAUUAGAAGAUAAAAAAAAAGAAAACGGACCCAAUUUUGUUAAAGCCGGUAAUGUUAUUGAUACAAGUGCAAAAAUUUAUGCUUGUCGUGUUGAUGCAUUACAUAAUGAAACACAAAAAUUAAGUGGUGAUAUGUUAACAACGGACGAUGGAAAUGAACAAUGUAGAUUAUUAGGUGUCGACGCAGAUGAUGGUGAUAAUAACCAAAAUCAAGAAAAUAUUGAACCAACGAAACAAAAAAUUAUUCGUCGUAAAAAUGCCACAAAAAUUAUUAUUGAUGAUUUAUCAAAAAUAAGUUUGACUGAUGAAUUUCAAUUUCGACCACUACAAACAACAUCUUUGUGUCGCUCGAAUACAACGGAACAAAAUUCAAUUCAUAAGGAAUUUGUUGCACAUAUGUACUCCACAAGUGAUUAUGCAACAAUUGAAGGGUUUUCAAUCACGAAUUUAAAUGAGCAAGAAAAUGAUGGAAAAGCGGUAAAUCGAUAUCAAAUAUCGUUGGAAAAAGACUAUGAUCUGAAAUAUUUGAGAGAUAUAAUUAAACCAUAUGAAAAUAUUGACCAUAUAUUAGGAUCACAAAAAUUACGUAGUUUUACAUUUAAUGAAAAUCGAACAGAUUCAUUUAUCAAUACAAUUCAUGAAAGUUCUGUAGCAGAUUCUCGACUCGGUGAUGAAGAGGAAGACAUGAUUGCUGAUGAUAACAAUGAUGUAAUCGACGAUAUUGACCAUAAAGAUGGAUUUUUUGAUGAAAAUUCACAUGAUGUAUUUAUGGCUGGAAUGCUUUCUGACGCUCGACCGGAGCCAUCAACGAAUCAUGGAGAAAGUCAAUCAUCACAAUCAUUACCAAUGAAUGGGAAUUUUCCACCAUUAUACGAUGAUGAAAGAUUAAAUAUGCCUAAUCCUCCAACUUUACCAACUCACUUUAUUAACGAUGAUCGAUUAUCAACGUCAUCCUUGAGUUCGAUGUCAUUUGCCGAUCAACUGCCCUAUCUGCUGAAACUGAAAGGCGAUCAAGAGUAUAGUUUUUUUGAUGCAUCAAAACUCAAACUAUUCGCAGGUCCCAAUGUAUGGAAAUAUCAAAAUCUUCUAGAUGGUAAUUCAAAACAAGUCAUUCAUCAUCAAGCGCAAGCGCCAGUAACAGCAAUAAAACGUCGUUUACGAUUUGAUAGUGGUGAAAGUCAAAGAAGUGGUUCGAAUAGUCGACGGCGACUUCAAGAAAAAUGUGAUUUUUUCAUGGAUGGUUCAUUAAAUCGUAUACUUGGGGUUCGAUCUAAAGAAACAUCAAUGAAAAGGAUAGUAUUACGUUCAAGAGAAAAACAAAGUACUGAAAUAAAACUGGCAAGAAAAUUAGUUAAAACGACUGAUUUGUCGUGUCCAACUAAUUUUCCAGAUUUAAUAUUUGAAUCAUUUCAAACAAUGAUAAUGAACAAAAAACAACGUUUAGAAAAAUUAAAUGAUACUGAUGAUGAAAAUGAUUUUAAUAUGGUUAAUGACGGCGAGCAUGAUGGAGACGAUAUUGAUUUGCCAGCUGGCUUUGUACAAUACGAUGGUAUUCAAGCAUCUCAAGAUGAUCAUGUUUAUGUUGUUGAUCGUCCUAUUUAUUAUGAACGAAUUGAAUAUGCUAAACGUGUACAGCGUUUAGAUGUUAAACAAUUAAAACGUGAAAUGUUAGACGAAAUUCAUCGUCAAUCACAAACAAUCAAUAGUACGGAUCAAUCCUCCUCCAAUAAUAUAAGUUCAAUUAGUCAUAUGAAUGGAACAUCAGAUGAUAAUAAUAAACCGGUUGAAUUUGUUCAAGUUUGUGCUAAUUUAUUUGAAAAUCAAAAUCUUCAUUUGAAUAUGCUCGAUUUACCAUCAGCAUUUUAUUGUAUGUUAAUUAAUUGUAAUGAAAAUAAAUUGUACAUGAAAAAUACUCAAGGUCGUGAUGAUAUUUUAAUUAGUCGUAAUCCAUUUAUAAAUGUACAAAAUAUAUCGACAUUAACGACAACUCACUCAUUAUGUCAACGUCAUUUCGAGGAUGAAAGACGGUAUAUUGAAUCACAAAGACGGCAUAGAUCAAAUCAUUCAUUAUCAACAGGUCAUCGACAUACAUCAUCAACUCAUCAUUCAAGUCCUAAAUUUAAUUCUAGUGAUCUCAUCGAAUCAAUUGUUGAAAAAAAUAUAGAUGAACAAAAAACUUAUCGAUCGAUUGUUAUUGCCCGAACUUCGUUAAAUCGAGAUCAAUUGAUUCAGCUUGGUCGAUUUUUACAAGAAUUUAACGCUAGUAUUUCGUCUACUGUUGAUGAAAGAACAACACAUUUAAUAACUGAUGAUGAAAAUGACACAUUAGUUUGUACAUUAACUAAGAAAGUAUUUCAAGCUGUUGCUCGUCAUUUGUUCAUUGUUUCCUAUCGUUGGAUUGAUGAAUGUUUAAAACAAAAAGUUAUAAUAAAAGAAGAUAAUUUUGAAAUAACUGGUGAUUCAAUAUUAUCAACGUCUCAUCGUGGAAUGCAACAGUCUCGUCUUAAUCAUCAACAACCCAUAUUUUCUCAUAAAAAAUAUUCAAUUGCAAUUCAUUGUGAUGAUUGUCAAAAUAUGUUUGAUAGACAAGAGUUAAUUGAACUUAUUCAUCUGAGUGGUGCAAUCUAUGAAACAAAUUCAGAUAAUGCUAGUAUUAUAUUAUGUGGUGAAGAAUACGUAAAUAAUUUAAAACAACUAAAUGGAAAAAAAUGGCGAAAAACAAAUGUUAUUUAUGUUGCACCCGAAUUUUUAUUAGAUUCAAUUCUAAAAUAUGAAAUACAGUCAUUUACAGAAUAUGAAUUUUAA